UGAUGUAGGAUAAAAAACAAAAACAACAUUACAUCAAAUUCAGUGUGGUGAAUUUAUUAUAUUGCAGAAUCGUGUUGAAUAUGAAAUUUUGUCAAUAGAGUAUAUCUGUAUCUCUUCUUGGGGUGCUACUUGCACUGCGCUAAGCUGGAGAAAAUAUCCGACCGAAAAGAAGAAUACCACCAACAUAAUCCGAAUCGCAAAACGAACUUCUUCUUCUCCUCAAUAACCGACUACGAGUUGGGCGCCAUCUUGUUCUUUAGUCUCGAACAUCAUAGUUUGGUAGUCUCGCGGUUGGUAGUGUAUCUUCAAAAAGAAAAAAACCACCACACUGACUGUGACGACAACGGUCUCGUUGGUUUUCUUUCUAUCUCUUCUCGGUUAAAAAGAUAUUAUUUUUUUUUGUUCCCUAAACAAAGUGUGACGGUAAUUUUUUUUCCAAAAAAAAAAAAUAUUUUUUCCUUGGAUUUUGAAUAUAAAAAAAUCUUCAAUAUCCGGAAUAUCCUUUCGUUUUGAGAUUGAUAAGAAAAAGGACGGGUUUUUCAACAUUUUGGGUGAAAAAUCACGGUCGUUAACGGUUGAUGAUAAUAAUUGUCUUUGUUGUUACCUAAGUUGUAGGUGUUUUUUAUUAGGGUACCCUAAUGCAUUUUCUUAUGAAAAAUUCAAAAAGUGUACAAAGUUACGGGUAAAAAAUCCAUUUUGAAAAGGAUUCGCCCUAAGAAAAAAUCCAGUGAAACCCUAACCUCCUUGGAAAAAAGAUCAAGGAUUUUUCUAAGUUUUUUUUUAGCAAAAAAAAAAGUUAAAAUAAAAAGAAAGAAAUAAAAAGCAGUGAGAAUGUGUGUAAAUCAAUAAAAUAUCUAUACAACACACAUGUGUGUGUGUGUGAAGCUUUUUGUAAAUGUAUUGAUGUGUACCUACCUACAUAAUCGUCCUGAUGUGGUUAUGUGUAUGAGAAAAGAAAAAGUUCAGUGAUGGUAGUGUUUCAUAAUAUCCCCCAAAAAGGCAACCAACAAAAAAUUUAAUACACCUUCCCCCCCUCUACCCCUUAAAAAAUAAAUAAAUAAAUAAAAUACCCACAAGGAUUUUAAGACCAUAAAAACACAAAAACAAAACACGAGAGCCGUGUAUAGAUACGGCGGAUUUGAGAAUAGCUAAGUUUUCGUUCGACUCGACGAAAUUUAGCUUUUAUUUUACUUCUUCCAAGGAAACAAAAGGAAAAAUCGAUAAGCUAUUACACUCUCUGGCUCUCUAUCUCUUUCUAUUUUAAGCAAUUGUUUGGAUUAUAACUUGGCUUAAAUUAAAUUUGACGUCACAAGGAUAUUAAGAUACAGCAGAUAUUUGAGAUUCUUCGAACUCAUUCCAUAAGCAAUAUGAGAUCUUAUCUAACAAACAUUUUGUCAGACAAAAUAUAAACGAAAAAUGUUUCAUUUUACUACACCGUUAUUUGAAGGAUUUACAAAAUAAGCCAACACUAACACACCAAACAUUCCAAUCAUGCAUCCAUUAUCUGAGACAAUGAGCAAAAGCCGUGAGGAUUUGGCUGCAGCUCUUAAAAUUGAUGAUCAUCAUGGAAGUAAUCAUAGUCUUAGUAAAGAUCAAACGGAUAACAUUCGAAGAAGUAUGGUAUGCAUACAAGAAGAACUAGGACACAUGGGCCUAGUUGGUCCGACAGAAUUGCCAUAUAAGACAAACGAUGAUCAUCACCUCCACCAUCAUCCGCAUCAUAAUAAUCAUCAGACUGAAGCAACUGACAGUAGUGCGGAAAAUACUUGUCAAACGCACUGGCCACCCAAUGCCGGAGGUUUUGGCCAUCCUGACAAACCGAUUGGUUGGAUGUAUGGCCUUUUGGGUUGUAUGAAGCCAGUUUUGUCAUUUAUUGGCAAAGCUGGAGUUAUUGAGAUAAAAAAUAACAAAUCAGAAGACUGGGAAAUACCAUUCGAGGCGAUAACAGAUCUGGAAUGGUUGGGUAGCGGAGCACAGGGUGCAGUUUUUAGUGGUAAACUGAAGAAUGAAAUUGUUGCUGUGAAGAAAGUACGUGAUGUUAAGGAAACUGAUAUUAAACAUCUGAGGAAAUUGGAUCAUGAAAAUAUUAUUAAGUUCAAAGGCGUUUGCACACAUUCACCAGUAUUCUGCAUAAUAAUGGAAUUCUGCCCGUAUGGCCCACUGCAAAAUAUCCUAAAGGAAGAGGACGUUAUGUUGCCAUCGCGUCUAGUCUCAUGGGCGGAGCAAAUUGCUCUUGGCAUGCAAUAUCUUCAUUCUCAUAAAAUCAUUCAUCGUGACUUAAAGAGUCCAAACAUCCUGAUUGGAACAAAUGCCCUUGUAAAGAUCAGUGAUUUCGGAACGAGUCGUGAAUGGAAUGAAAUUAGUACAAAAAUGAGCUUUGCCGGAACUGUGGCCUGGAUGGCUCCCGAAGUUAUUCGUAAUGAGCCGUGUUCGGAAAAAGUCGAUAUCUGGUCAUUUGGUGUUGUCCUCUGGGAAAUGCUUACCUGUGAAAUACCCUACAAAGACGUCGACUCAUCUGCCAUAAUUUGGGGUGUUGGAAAUAAUUCCUUGCGGCUGCCGAUACCAUCAAGUUGCCCCGCAGGAUUUAAGCUACUCGUUGAACAGUGUUGGAGUGCCAAACCAAGAAACCGUCCGUCAUUUCGGCAUAUUCUAACACAUUUGGGUAUUGCUGGCCCAGAACUACUUAAACAAAACGAAAAGCAAUAUUUCGAAACGCAACGAUCAUGGAAGGAAGAGGUUAGGUCACAUUUGAAGGAGAUCACACAAAACGGAACGAGCAUACACAAAUACGAGCAGGAUUUGAUUAAGAGGAGAACGGCUGAGUGGCGACAUGCUCAGGACAUUCGAAUGGUUUACGAAGAUAAGUUGGAGAAAACGAAUCGAUUGUAUUUGGAGUUGAGCGAAUGCAUGACUCAAUUGCAAGAAAAGGAGAAGGAAAUUGCUGAGAGGGAAAAGAAGUUGCCAGGCUAUAAGCCAACAAGACGAUUGGGAAAUACUCUUCGGAAGAUGCAAUACUACCGAAGAAGACUCAACAAUCAUCCACCAAUGCUCUGUGAUAAUCAGUCAACCACACCGGAUCCGGAAACGACACCAGAAAGUCCCGUAAAGUGUACUCUUUACGCGCAACUAGAUGGUUCGCAAACAAAGUCAAUCUGUGUGAGUACCCAGAAACCGAAGAAAGCCCGUCACAGACGCAUUGGUUCAGGAACCUUUGCAGCAGCUCCUAAAGUCAGCCCAUUACGUGAGAGGCGCUAUCAAAGUGAACCGGAAAAUCGCAAAGUCAAACUUGUCGAUACAGAAACCCAAACCGAUGCCAUGGAUAUCAGUGAGACUGAUGCCAGUCCAAGUGCAUUCUAUGCGUCGAGAGAAAUUUCUUCCAGUUUGAUCGGUAGUGGUUGCACUGUCGAGGCGAUGCGUCUGGUCAAUUGUCAAAUGGCCGAGCCACAGACACCCGUUGCCGACUAUCAGACUAUUAUUGGUGUUGCUGAUAAUAAUCGACAUUUGCACCAGCAUCAGCCUCAGCAACAAUUGCAAACUCAAAUCCUGCAUCAGAAUGUUCUUCAAGUAUCGAGUCCGAUAAGUCCCAAUGGCAACUCGAGCUCAAUGACAACCAGCGAAAUGACAUUCCAAGAUGCCUGCUCUAGUCCCGAUCAAUUGGCCUAUGACGAUGCCAUGAAUAGUAACGAAAGGCUUGACAUUACCGGUUGUUGCAGUGAUGACGAAAACCUUGAGACUUUGAAUAGAAAAGUUAUCGAAUUCAUCCAUGAGAAUCGCCUACAAACGACAACGAGUUCCUCGUGCAACACUCAAACUCUUACCACGACGUCAACUUCAACUGGUCUUCCAGGAAGUGUUGGUGGUGGUGUUGGCGGUGGUAGCUUGACGCAACACUCGGAAAAUGGCAAUUCUUUUGAUCGCGACUCACUGAUCUAUGCGUCGGCAUGCAAAAAGAAUAAACAACGAAGCAGCUAUACGUCAUGUGCCAAUGAUUUGAAUGGUUUCGACACGAAUAACCAACAACAUCACAGUCCGAAUGCUAUGAGACACAUGCGUCAACGGCAAGUGGAAAUGAAUAAUGCUAAUGGAGAAUCUCAGGAAGAUCUGUGCGAUGAUAGCUGGUCGGAUGAGGAGGGCGAAGACACCGAUUACAAAUAUUCACUAAGGAGAAGGAGUAUUGGACGACAACCAAUUGGUCGUGGUAUGAGAGCACGUCGCUGCUACAAAAUGCCAUCAUCAGCACCAAUUCCAACUCAUAAGCGAAGUGUUGUUGUAGUGUCAGACGAAGAGAAUACCUCUGAAUAUAGCCAUUCCCCAUCCAGCCAACAUUCAACGCUCGAAAGCAACACCGAUCUGCCAGUGGCUCUUAAACAUAUGAAAAUCCAUACCAAAUCUAUAGCAACAAAUACAACUGAAGCAAUGACAACAACCGCAUCAACUACAACCCUAUCGGAUAGUGAAGACUCAAGUGAUUCUGAUUCGGAUGAUGGUCCAACUGUAUCGUCACAACUCAAUCAAUAUAAAUGCCAAAAUGCUGCUUUAAAAAGUAGCGAUGUCAUUUCAAUACCAACACCAGCAUCAGCUGGUGCAAUAAAUAUGGUUUAAAAAAGAAAACAGUAAUAUUCCUUCCUCUUAAAAAAAAUAUCUUAUACUUAAUUAAUUUAUGUACACUAGGAAAAAUAAUGAACAUGGUAAUAUUGUUCUACAAAACAAAAACAAAA